AUGGCGGCAGGACCCGAUGUGCAAUGCGACAAAACCUGCUGGACUCUUCCUUACCAUCCCUGGCACUCUGGCCCUGCUUUCACGCAAGCACCAAUCAUGACGACGAUGAUCGCCGCUUCAAGUCGCUUUGUCAGAUUGUUAUUUCGUACUGUUCAUCGCUUGGAGAUUUCUCCCCGCGCUAAUAGUAGUGAAUACUGGAGCCUCCCCUCUUCACUCGCCGUGGUCUACUCCGUAACGCGUUUGCUGUAUGAGGAGUGGCAAGCCAAGAAAAUUGCAGGACGAAAAGCAGUGCGACCCCCGGUCUCCAAUUGUCUUGGCGUGCAUUCGAACCACCUUGCAAUGAGCUCACAAGCCUCAAAGAACGAGAGAGCGGCCCAAAACAAGGCAAAGCACCCAGCUGGACACAACGGGCCAAGUAAACGAGGAUCUAUGCGAAAUGCGAAAUGGCCACCGAAAUGGCCGGCCCCAACAGCUAGUAAACGACGCUCUCAUUUUCGUGUCUUUCUUUUUCUGUUCUAUCUCAUUUCACUUACGAAAUACACUCUUGCGAGCCACAAUGCCAAGACCACUAUCACCCCAAACUCCACGGCAGCACAACCGUGGCACGCUCUCAAUGUCCCAGCACAUAUUCAGGAGACGGGCCAGGGUUUAGGUCGCCUUACGCCUGGCAACAUUCAGGAGGUCAGAACUAAAGAUUAG